ACAUUUUAUCGAAAGUUAUUUAAGCAAUCUUCUAGGCGAUAAGUUUGAGAUGGACAUUUUGAAAAUUGCUCCAGUGUAAUAAAAAGAACAAAGAAAAAUGCACAAUCUGCAUUAAAAAAAUUACAUUACUUUGUAGAUUAUGAUUUCCUGGGACUCCGAAAAUAUUUGCAAAACAAAAUGAUGUGAAAAGAUAAUUCAUCCUGCUUCGACAACUUCAUCUCAGUAUUUAAGUGACAAGAAGUUAUGAAAUUUAACGUUUAGUGGAAGGACUUCAGGAAAAGGUAAAAUAUGGUCACCUGGAUGCUGGAAGUGAUGCACUAAUUUCAGGUGUGUGUGCAAAGUGAAGAUUAAUCAUUGAUUUGUGGACGAGAAAGGAUUGCUUCAAAAUUGUUAUUUGGUGUGGAAAUAUUCUCAUCACCAUGACAACCAAAAUAUUUCAAAGACAAGUAUUGCAAAUAUGGAAACCAGGACGAUUGCAAAAUAUACAUAAAUCAGCAUUGUGUUUUACAUCAAGGCAAAAUUCAAGUCUCACAGCUAACACACAAACUUGCCAAGGCCAGAGUUUUUCUCCUGAUUCCCAGGUGAGGGGGUACUCCUCCUCAACUGGAAGACAGAAGUUAGUGAUCCUAGGGUCAGGAUGGGGCAGUUAUUCUGUCCUUAAAACCAUUGACAAGAAAAAGUUUGAUGUUGUGGUUGUUAGUCCACGGAACCACUUCCUGUUCACGCCUCUCUUGGCAAGUACCACUGUUGGGACAUUGGAGUUCAGAUCUAUAAUUGAGCCGGUGAGGAACACAGGAUUCAGACAGACAGAUCAUUUCCAUCUGUCCUAUGCUGAGAGUUUAGAUAUGAAGAAGAAGUUAAUAAGAUGUGAGAGUGUCCUGGACUCCAGUAUCAAGUAUGACCUGGAGUAUGACAAACUUGUCAUUGGUGUCGGAGCGCUUAGCAACACAUUUAACAUACCAGGGGUCAGGGAAAAUUCUUUCUUCCUCAAGGAAGUGGCAGAUGCCAGAAAGAUACGGAACCGGAUUCUGUCGAACUUCGAGUUGUCUAUACAACCUGGUAUUACUUAUGAGGAGGCUAAGAGACUUUUACACUUCGUUAUUGUUGGAGGUGGACCAACUGGGGUGGAGUUUGGAGCAGAGUUGUAUGACUUUGUGGAACAGGAUGUGUCUAGACUGUACAAACAGAAGCAGUAUGAGGUUAGGGUCACACUCAUUGAAUCCAACCAGAUCCUUGGCUCUUUUGAUGAACGUCUCAGAAAUUAUGCAGAAAAGAAGAUUAGAGAGCGAAACAGGUUUACCCUGUUACAGUCCGCUGUCACUGAGGUUAAGUCAGACCGGGUGGUCCUGAAGGAUGGUAGUACUCUGCCAUGUGGUUUGGUGGUUUGGAGCACGGGCGUGGCUCCUAGACCUUUUGUAAAGUCGCUGGAUGUCCCUAAAAAUAAACAGGGACAGAUUCUGACGGACGAGUACCUGAAUGUAUUGGGUGAUUCCACUGGGAGUGUGUUUGCCCUAGGUGACUGUGCUGAUAUAGAAACAAUGCCCCUCCCGUGUACAGCACAGGUUGCUGAGAGGGAAGGAAGAUACCUAGCUAAACAGCUAAUUACAGGAGAUCCCAAAUCUGAGCCUUUCAAGUUCCAGAGCAUGGGAAUGCUGGCGUAUAUUGGUCGGUACCAAGGUCUGACAGAUGUCCCACAGGUCAAGAUGCAAGGAUUCACUUCCUGGUUACUUUGGCGCUCUGCCUAUCUCACUCGUCUGGGAAGCUGGAGGCUGAGGAUGCAGGUACCACUGGAUUGGUUAAAAACCAUUCUGUAUGGACGGGAUGUGUCUCGAUUCGAGUGAAUAUUUCAAGUUCUAUUGAAAGCCAUCAGGAAUGUAUGGAUGAAAUGUCUCUUGAAUCUCAUGAAAAUUUCUCAUUCAGUAGAAAGUCAGCAAUUCUUUAUGGAUGGGAUAUGUCUUGAUUGGAAUGAACAUUAAUUUCUAAUUCUUAAAAAAAGCUGUCAUGAAUGUAUGGACAGAAUGCAUCCCAGUUUGAAUGAACAUUUCUCGUUCAAUAGAAAGACCUUCAAUUCUUUAUGGAGGGGAUGUGUCUUGAUUCAAGUGAGAACUUUUGAAACGGAUUGCUGUACAGUAGAAAUAUCAUGGAUUAGAAUUCCUUAGAGUUUUUCUGUGAACACAGUGAAUCAGAUAUAUUCACAGCUCGUUGUGUUGAACAUACCUCUGUAACUGUACCUGGUAGCUAUCAUAACUAUAAUUAUUAAUGAACCAAGUUCAUGUAAUUUGAAAAAUCAUUCAAGUUGAUUCAAGGGUCUUUUUUUAAGGGAUUUGGAUCCAUUAAUAUUCGGAAUAUUGUGAUGUUGUAAAGUGUUUCAGGGUGUAAAGCAGAGUUAAUGGCUGAUGUUCCCAGUGUGAAUGAUCAAAAGUGUGUGUAGUAGGUAGUCCUCAGGAAUAUUAAUAUUUGAGUCUCUGAUUUUUUUCUAUACCAAAAUAUGUUUUUCAUGUCUCUAUAUAAUAAUUCAUGGAUAAUAUGAAAUUAUGAGUUCACUCAAAAUAUAAGUGCUUGUUAUUUAUGCAAUGAUGUCGUAUCCAUUGUUGUUUUUUGUCAACAUUUCCUUACAAUAAUUGUUUCUACAGAACCACAAUACCAAGGACCAUGAUAUUGUUUGUUGUAGCAUUUUCUAACUCCUUUAGAUAAUUAUGCAAGAAAAAGAAGGAAUAAAUUGUAAGAUUAAAAUUGUAAACCUACUUACAUAUUACUAAGGAGGGGAGAGGAGCCAACGUCAGAUGGAAAUCAGUGGGUCUUCUAAGUGUGGAAAUUCGCGUUGAGUAUGGAUACCUUAAAAGGUAUGCUGGACAGUUCAAGCAAAUAGACUAAUUAUAAACAAGGGAAAAUAACCGCAACAUACUCACGCUUAACCGAUAAGUGGAGAUUUUAUUGGACUACUAGUUUCGACCCUAUCGCAGGGUCUUCAUCAGGACAAUUUUUUCAUAAAAGUUUCCCAAUAUUCGAUUGUUAAAUAUGAUGUAAUACUAAUAGUAAAUAAAGGGCAGAUAAUUGCCUUAUGUUUAUACCUUUAA